UAAUGUGAGAAUAGCUCAUGUGAAGGUGUGGAAAUCAUCAGGAAAGAUACACGUCAAAGUAGAUUUUCAUUAAAUAACUAAUUGUAUUUUAAUUUUGUUCCAUUGUUAAUGAUUGAAACGAUUAAAUUUUAAGAUGCCUCUCAAAUUGGAUGUGCGAAGAAAAUUAUUGGCUCGUAGUGAUAGAGUUAAAUGUGUUGAUUUGCAUCCAGUUGAACCAUGGAUGUUAUCAUCUCUUUAUAAUGGUUUGGUGCACGUUUGGAAUCAUGAGAAUCAACAAUUGGUUAAAUCAUUUGAAGUCUGUGAGGUUCCAGUUAGAUGUGCUAAAUUUGUAGCUCGUAAGAAUUGGAUUAUCACCGGUUCGGAUGACAUGCAAAUUAGAGUCUUUAAUUACAAUACACUAGAGAGGAUACAUCAGUUUGAAGCUCAUUCUGAUUAUAUCCGAUGUAUUGUCAUUCACUCUACUCAGCCUUACGUUUUUACCUCAAGUGAUGAUAUGCUGAUUAAACUUUGGAAUUGGGAUAAAAAUUGGGCCUGCACACAAGUUUACGAGGGGCAUACACAUUAUGUCAUGCAAAUUGUUAUUAAUCCCAAAGAUAAUAACACUUUCGCCAGUGCUUCACUUGACAGGACCGUUAAAGUUUGGCAAAUGGGCUCGAAUACACCUAAUUUCACCUUGGAGGGUCAUGAGAAAGGUGUUAAUUGUGUUGAUUAUUGUUACAGUGGUGACAAACCAUAUCUAAUAUCUGGAGCUGAUGAUAGAACCGUGAAAAUUUGGGACUAUCAAACUAAAACUUGUGUUCAAACCCUGGAAGGACAUGCACAGAAUGUCACUGCUGUUUGUUAUCAUCCAGAAUUACCGAUUAUCAUGACAGGAUCGGAAGACGGUACAGUUAGGGUUUGGCAUUUGAAUACUUAUCGUCGGGAAAGUACACUGAAUUAUGGUCUUGAACGGGUUUGGACAAUUUGCUGUCUCAAAGGAUCAAAUAGUGUGGCAAUCGGUUUCGAUGAGGGUAGUAUUAUAAUCAAAUUGGGAAGAGAAGAGCCUGCAAUGUCCAUGGAUAGUUCGGGUAAAAUUGUUUGGGCUAAACACUCGGAGCUACAACAGGCCAAUUUGAAAGCUCUUGUUGACCCGGAAGAAUUGAAAGAUGGAUACAUUUUACCUUUAAAUGUUAAGGAUAUGGGAAGUUGUGAAAUUUAUCCUCAAACAAUUUCUCACAAUUCAAAUGGUCGAUUUGUUGUUGUUUGUGGUGAUGGUGAAUAUAUUAUCUACACUGCCUUAACUCUGAGGAAUAAAAGUUUUGGUUCAGCGCAAGAAUUUGUUUGGGCUUUGGAUUCAAGUGAAUACGCUAUUCGGGACAAUACAACAACCGUUAAAUUAUUUAAAAAUUUUAAAGAAAAAACUUCAUUUAAACCCGAAUCUGGAGCUGAAGGUAUAUUUGGAGGCUAUUUUCUUGGUGUUAAAUCAGUUGCCGGUUUAACUUUUUAUGAAUGGGAUACACUUGAAGUUAUCCGAAGGAUUGAAAUUCAACCUAAAAAUGUUUAUUGGUCUGAUAAUGGUGAAUUAGUUUGUAUUGCUACCGAUGAUUCAUUUUAUAUUUUAAGAUUCCUUCCCAAUAAUGUUGCCAAAGCAAAGGAGAAUCGAAAUGAACUAGUAUCGGAAGAUGGAAUCGAAGAUGCAUUCGAGGUGGUAACUGAUGUUCAAGAGAUUGUAAAAUCAGGAUUAUGGGUUGGCGAUUGUUUCAUUUAUACCAGUGCAGUUAACAGACUAAAUUAUUUUGUCGGUGGUCAAAUUGUGACCGUCGCUCAUUUAGACAGAACUAUGUAUCUUUUAGGAUAUAUGCCGAAAGAAAAUCGUCUUUACUUGGGAGACAAGGAAUUGAAUGUUGUCUCUUACUAUCUUCUUCUCUCUGUCCUGGAAUAUCAAACAGCGGUGAUGAGGGAAGAUUUUGAUGCUGCCGUUCAAAUUUUACCCUCCAUUCCAAAAGAACAGCGAACCCGAGUGGCCCAUUUCUUGGAAAAACAAGGUUUCCUAAGUCAAGCAUUGGAAGUUUCAACUGACCCAGAGCAUAAAUUUGACCUUUCACUUCAAUUGAAAGACACUGAUACUGCUCAUAAAUUAGCGGUUGAUGCUCAGAGUGAACAAAAAUGGAAACAAUUGGCUGAAUUAGCAAUGUCCAUAUGUAAAUUUGAUUUGGCCCAAGAGUGUUUACACAACGCCAAUGAUUAUCCCGGUUUAAUGUUACUUGCCACCAGUUCGGGUAAUUCAAGUAUGGUCUCAAAAUUAGGUGAAAAAGCUCAUUCCUCGGGAAUCAGUAAUGUCGCAUUCCUUUCAUAUUUUAUUCUGGGUGAAAAAGAAAAAGCCCUUAACCUUUUAAUUGACACCAAUCGACUUCCCGAGGCCGCUUUCUUUGCCCGAACAUACCUUCCCUCUCAUGUACCACGAGUCAUUAAAUUAUGGAAAGAGAGUAUGCUGAUUAAGAAUGAAAAAUUUGCCCAAGCUUUGGCCGAUCCAACCGAAUAUGAGAAUUUAUUUCCCAAUUUUCACGAUGCCCUUUUAGCUGAACAAUUUGUCGAAGAUCAAUCAACAACCAGGCGACCAAAAGCAUUAGAUUAUCAAUCUAUCCUUAGUAACGAAGAUAGAGAUCCAAUUGAAGAAGUUCGAGAAGCAAAAGAAGCUGGUACAUUUACACCUCGACCAAUUAUCUUUCACAAAACAAUUAACCAAGAUGAACAAGAUCAAUUAUCAUCAGUAACCAAAGGACUAACUGAUGUUAAGCUAAACGAUGGUAUUGUUGAUGAAGAUGACGAUGAAGACGAAGCCAUUUACACACCACCUGAAGAUUAAUCUAAUAUCUCACCUCGUCUUAUCUCUCUCUCUCUCCCACUUUCACUCUCUCUCUCUCUUUCUCUCUCCAAAUUAUAUCUUUUCAAAAUCAAUCUUUUUUUUGUCAAAUAUCAACAAUCAAUUUCUUAAAAAUUUGUUAUCCACAAUCACCAUUAAAUAUGAGAAAUAAUAAUAAUAAAUUUAACAAGAAUGGAA